GAGAGACAAUUGCUGUAACACACAGAAAGUUCCAGCAGAGACCGUUAACAGAGCUUUUUGGUUCCAGCUAAAGGUCGACAUAUUAUAACUGUCUGUUGUUUUCAGCCAGCAAACUCACAUUUAUACUCACCAUUUAAAAAUGCCGAGAGGAAGCAGAAGCCGGACAUCCAGGAUGGCCUCUCCAGCCGGCCGAUCUUCACCACCACCCAUGGCCAGGGCUGCACCACCACCCAUGGCCAGGGCUGCACCCCCUCCCUCCUAUGCCCCGGCGCCAAUGCACGCUCCUCCGUCUGCUGUGGGUGCUCCAGCUGCAGCACCCAGGCAGCCUGGUAUGUUUGCCCAGAUGGCGACGACAGCCGCCGGGGUGGCAGUCGGCUCUGCCGUAGGACACACCAUCGGCCACGCCAUGACUGGAGGAGGUGGAGGAGGACAGUCGGAGUCUGCCAAGCCAGACGUCACAUACCAGGAGCCAAGCCAGGCUCAGCCCAUGUACCAGCAGCAGCCACAGUCCAUGUACCAGCCACAGUCCAUGUACCAGCAGCAGCCACAGUCCAUGUACCAGCAGGAGGCCCCUCAGCAGAAUCAGGCCUGCUCCUAUGAGCUCAAACAGUUCAUCGAUUGUGCCCAAAACCAGAGCGACUUCAAGCUCUGUGAGGGCUUCAGUGAGGUGCUGAAGCAGUGCAAGUCCUCUUAUGGUCUUUCAUGAGACUGAGACAAACACCUGGAGAGUGACGAGUGCACACAAACUGAAAUAAGCAGCCAUGCUUGAAGAAUACUAAUAGGGUGUCAAUUCAGGAAAAAUCAAUAAAUAUGCUUUUGACAUUUUGACAGUUGAUUAUCAUUGUGUUCAUUCUCAGGACAGUUCUGCAGAGUUUGUAGUAAUAGUCGUAUAAAUAAUGUUUAUAUGUUUGCUGCAUGUUGAUUUCAGUUGUCAGUGUUUUUCAUUAGCUUUAGUGCUUUUAAUUUAAAUUGCUGAACUGCAUAUGUAAAUCAUCAUAACUUGUAACUGCAGUUUAGGUUUUAAAACAAUAAAGUACUCGAAUCAUAAAAA